GAGGUACUAAUAGCAGCUGAAGCAGCAGCUAAAGCUACAGCUGGUUCACCGCGAGAGGAAGAAGGAGUGUGACUGGAGGGAGCUUGUCACUCCCUAGCGCUAGCAUUAACCACAAUCCCAGCAUCUAUAGGAAGGCAGAAGACAAAAACUGAAUGGUAUAGAUCAGACUUAUUUCCCUCAGACUUUCUUUCCUCAUUGAAAAAGAAAAUCAGAAAACAUGCCAGAGCAAAGUAAUGAUUACAGGGUGGUGGUGUUUGGAGCAGGAGGAGUUGGCAAAAGUUCACUGGUCCUGAGAUUUGUUAAAGGCACCUUCAGAGACAGUUACAUCCCUACAAUUGAAGACACUUACCGGCAGGUGAUCAGCUGCGAUAAGAGCAUAUGCACUUUGCAGAUUACUGACACAACAGGGAGUCAUCAAUUUCCUGCCAUGCAACGCUUGUCUAUUUCCAAAGGACACGCAUUCAUUUUGGUCUAUUCAGUCACCAGCCGGCAAUCUUUGGAGGAACUCAAGCCCAUUUAUGAACAGAUAUGUCAGAUCAAAGGGGAUACGGAGAGCAUUCCAAUCAUGCUGGUGGGAAACAAGAAUGAUGAGGAUCACAACCGAGAGGUACAAACCACUGAUGGAGAAGCCAUGGCCAAAAAAUGGAAAUGUGCCUUCAUGGAGACAUCGGCUAAAAUGAACCACAAUGUCAAGGAGUUGUUCCAAGAGCUGCUGAAUUUGGAGAAACGUCGGACUGUGAGUUUACAAAUUGAUGGCAAGAAAAGCAAGCAGCAGAAAAGAAAAGAAAAACUGAAAGGCAAGUGUGUGGUCAUGUGAAAGGAUCCUUAUUCUGGAGCAGUCAUGCAGAUGUCUUCUUCUGACUGUACCAGAUUUCAUGCCCCCUAAGCCAUGGGAAAAUUGAUGGAACAGUCUUAUUAAUAGCAAUUUUGAAAGAAAAGUACCUGAAUCAAGCAGUUGUUUGCAGUAAAAGUACUUUCAAGAAGUUGUCUUUUCAUAAAUUAGCCAUUAAUGAGAACAAAAUUGUUCCAAAGGCACAAUGGUAUCUAACUUGCAGAUCAGAAACAAUAAUAUUUCCAUUAAAAAGACUUUUGCUAGCAUUACUAUUGCAAUGAAAGGAUCUGGUAAUUACUCAUUUAAAGAUAAACACUAGUGUUUUAUGCAGAAUUAUGAAAGAUGAAUGUGAGUGUGUAUGCACAUCCAUAUACACAUAUUUGGCAGACUUAAUUUAAUUUUAUUUAGGUGUUAGAAAAAUGACUUUCCUAGAUUGUAUUUUUUCUCCCUCUUCUGCUGUAUCUUGUUUUUAUUCUCACUGAUUCCUUACCCUCCUAAGUAAUGUGUAAAAAAAAAUAAUCUUGCCUCUUGUAGCCAGUGCAUGGGCAAAGCUCAUUACCUUUCAGCUCUACUUGCAAAUAGUUCAGUCCAGAGAUGGCAUGGCAUGGAAAUUAUUAGAAAAAAGGAUACCUGGGAGAGGAAAUAGUUUUUGACCAAAACACUAUUUCUAUAGUUCCUAACUUUCUUUAUAUUUAUUUCUACCAAAUACCAAAUAAUAUUAAUGAUGUUCUGUAAUCUGAAGAAUUUCUAAUUUAUAAGGUUAUUGAAUGAAUUACAGUUAUAAUCCAUAAACUGUGAAGAGUUAAAACAAAUACAAUUAAUUUACUAUAGACUGGUUAGGAAAAUUAGUGUUGGGGAACAGUCAUGUGUUACAUGAAGGACAACCAAAGAACAUAUUUGUCGAUAUGGCACAGACAGGGAGGUCCAUACCUUUUUGCCAGAAGUGCACUGAUACAAAUUCAACUGAUAGAUGUGGAUAUUUUCUCUGUAAUAUUCAGCUUCAGGAAGAAAGUCGAAUGGUAACACCCAUACACUAGUUCCAAAAUCUGAUUGUUCCCCAGACACAUACUGUAUAUGCCGGCAUUUAAGGCGACCUGGCAUAUAAAAAUGACUCCCGUCUUUGGCGCCGAGUCGCAUGCCUAGAACGUCGUCUUAUACGCCGGAAACUACCAGUAUUUCCGGCGUAUAAGACAACUCGGCGUAUAAGAUGACCCCCGACUUCGGCGCCAAUUUUAAUGCUUGCGUAAGUCACCUUAUACGCUGGCAUAUACAGUAAAUAAAACCACUGAGACUAUACUAGUCUGGAGCUAGUGCAGAUAAUUUUUUUUACCAGUAAUGGGAAGAAGUAAGAACGAUUUUUCUUACUUCUUCCCUAAUCAUGUCCCUUAAAACAGAUAAACAGUACAUCCCACUCUAGUUGCAGCAAACUGCAAAAGUUGUGUCUAUGAGGAUGGAUCCACCAGGAAAUUUUAAGUGAACCUUGGAAUUAGGAAAAUUUCAAAAACAAAAACACUCUCAUUCCUCAAUAAAUCCUUUUCUGUGCACAGUAGACAUCAAGGAGUGCCUCAUCAUCAUAUUCUCAACAAAUCUAAGCUGAAGCUUCAUUUUAAAGAUGAAUCAUUUAGUUAUAUUUACCAAAGAAUAAUAAUCUUAACUAUGUUUCAUUGUAAUCAAAUAUUAAUUUAAUUUUUCUUCCUUCCUCAUUAUCCAUGCUAUAUCUUAAUUUGGCCCCUGGUUUGUCAUUCAGGCCAAAUAUGGUCCUAAAUUCAAAGAAAGAUGGCCACCCCCUUGGAGAAUAGUUUAAGAUUCUCUGAAUCUUAUUUGCAAACAGAUGUGGAUUCAAGUUAGGUUUGAUGAUCUUAAACAGACAACUGAAACCUCUGCAUUUAUAUUAUAGCACAUGAAUCAGAACAUUUAUCUCUCUUUUUAAGGAGAAUAUAAGGAGAAUAGAGCCUUUUGAAACAAUAUAUUGGUGUUUUAGAAAAUGGCUAUAUCAAAAGUGAGGCAAUACAGCAAAAUAUUCACAAACAUAGGAUGUGUGUUUCACUGUGAAUGUCACUGAAGAGGCUAUUUUAAUGCAUUGUCUGCUUUUAACUAGGUAUUGCUCAUGAUGAUAUUAAUGCUGUGAAUCCUUCCAUCUUAGCAGCUCCAAACAAAUUUCUGUUUUACACAAAAACAAGAAUUGCAGACAAGCAGAAACCUGCCAUAUGAAACCAUAGCUCAUUUCAAAUGGAACCUUUUCUUUUUCAUUUUCUGUAGAGGAGAAAUAAAAAUGGAUGAACCUGAGGUGAAGAUAGAUGUCCUUUAUAAAUGUUUGAUCUUGAUAGAACAAAUGUGUGGGGGGAGUGAAAUGUUACAGCAACAACUUGCACCUUUAAAGUACACACAUUCAUUUGAACAAGAAAAUCUUUCUUCUGAUGUUCCAGUAAAGGAGGGAUGGGGGAGGAAUACUACUUUAAUGGUGCUCCUCUCAUAUGGUUAUUUGUUCCAGAUUGAACCGAGAUGAUUAAUGGUGUACUCAGAAAUGUGGUGGAAAUUAUUUUGACACCCAUUCAGUACAUUCUGAAGCAUUUUCAGGACAUCAAAGUCUGUCAAAAUUUCCUCCACAUUUAAAAACUAUAAGAUAGAUCCAAUAGCUUCUUUUUUGUCUCAGUCAGAAUCUCCAGGAGAAAGAAACCAAGAGCUGAGUUCAUUUAACAUUCUUAGUCUAGUUGGUGAAAUCGAGCUGUCAAUUAGGAUUUUUUUGUAGCUUACCCUGAUAUGAGAACCCAUCCAGUUAGGUUAAUUUAUGAUUUAAGGUAUUGCAUGAAUCCAAAUAGACCUAACUCAUGAACCAGAUUAAGCUUGUGGCCUAAAUUCAUUGGACAUAGCCAUUGGUUUCACUCAACAAAUGCUGUCAAUUCAAACUUUUCCAAAGGAACAGUACAUAGGUAUUUUCAAAUUUUCUUUUAAUUUUUUUGCAUCAGGUUUCUCAUUAGAAUCUUUUUAAAACCACAUGUAAGCACAUGGGCAAUUUGUUUUUAUUUUCUGUUAAACAAGUUGAUUUUCAAACUAUCACAAAAUCCAACAGCAUUUAGUAUGGCAAUAAUUUCAUAUAGAACCACAUUAUUGUCUUCUUUUGUUUUUAAGCAUGGCUUCACUAAAAAAGGUUUUCGUUCUUUCCAUUUGGGAUUCCAUUAAGGAAAAUAAAAACUCAAGACUGAAAUACAUUUUGAAAUAUAAUCUGGUAGCUACUUGCUAAAACCACAUGUUACAUUUAGAAUCUACUUAAAAGCAAUGAAUAUUUUGAAUUAGAAUUUCAGGACCAACCUAAACAUGAUUUAAGAAAAGACAGCUCUUGGUUCCUCUUUCCUUCAUGAAUUUUGCCAACUUCAUUCCUAGCCCUAUUUUUCUUAACCUGCAGAAAAUGACUGGAGCAACUCCGAUAUAUUUUUUUGGAAUCAUUUAGUACUUUAAGGCAUCCUUGAACAUUGAAGUCACCUUGAACAUUGAAGCAUUUCUCUGACUUCCUACAGUAAUAUUUGCUCCAGCUACACCUAUUUAUCAGGGAUGCUUCCUAUUUUACAGUAAUAACUACUGGCUAAUUAGUGUUCUUCUUUGUAAUUUGGAGAGUAGUUUUCUAGCCACUUGCUGUACUUACUAUUCUUCAGGAUUUAUCUUCUUUCUGAAUUAAUUCUGGGGAUGUGGAAAAGAUGGAUGAGGCUGGACUUGAUCUGAGUCAUUUUUGCAGUUGCAGCACUGAAAAAGAGAAGCUUUAGUGAUGAUUAAAUUAAAUCCCAUUGUUUCACGAAUCGGUUCUGUAAAACUACAUACAGAUAUAAGCCAUGAUUUAUUCUAAUGGCAAUGCAUGUGCAUGAAUACCGAGGCACCAGGAAGCACAUAGCCUGCCAAUUCACAAACUCACAGAUGCUAAAACAUCUUUAGAUCUUCCAGUAGGGCAGAACAGUUAGUUUCUUUUUAAUCAAGCCAAAAGAGCUAUGGUUUUAACUCAGUUUAAUAUGAUCAGCAGCAGACAAAAUAGUACCUUCAAUAUCCCAUAGCAUGUUUGUGUGUGAGAAAGGAGUUCCACUUGGAUGCUGCAAAUAUGCUUUCGUCAUUAUAAUCCUGGGAGAUAACUAAAAGCAGCCCUACAACCUACAGCCUGUAACUCCCAGAAAAGCUAUUAAUAGAACUUUCCUUGUAAAUGCAUGACAUCCCUGUCAAAGAAGCUUGUACAAAUCCUUCUUAACUUCAUUCAGUCUAUAUUAUCUAAAAAAAAGACAGUUCAUUUAUUUCCCAUAUCCUGUCUGUGAUUGCAAAUCUAAUCAUUUGUAUCAAGGAAACUGAAACAAUCAAUUUUAAACAUGUAAGUAUCCUAUUUAGAUUCCAGAAAUUAGAAGAUAUUUUAGAUAGUUAUGCAUAUUAGCCUCUGUUAAAUCAGUCAUUAUUUAAAUGAAAACAUAAUAUUCUUCUGUUGCUUGUUGAUCCCAUACUUGUAAUAAUAGAAUAAGCCAUGACUAUAUUUUAUAGCUUUGCAUUUACUGGGGCAAGGCUACUAUACAAGCAAUAUUUAUUGUUGGACCAGUAAUUCUAAAGUAGGUAUGUUUUAUAUUAUACCCUUUUGUUGUAAUUUAUAACAGAUUUUACAUAUAUGUGUGUUUAUCAAAAUACAUGUUCACUCUUACAAUGUAAAGUUUUGUGGGAGUUUUUUAAUAGAAGACAGAAAUUCUUAGAGAAUAAAUAGUUAUUUGGUUUGUUACAUUUGUGGUUUAUUUUCAGGUGUGAUAUUAAUAAAUAUGAGAUGUUUGAAAAUCAAUAUUCACGGACAAAAAAUAACUUGUUUCAACUUGUCAAGGGAUGCCAGCAUCAUGAAAAUGUAAUAUGGAAAAUUAUGCUGUUCAAAAAGCAUGAAUUUUAUAUAAGUCUGCAAGCUAUUGAGAUGCAUAUUCAAGAGUAUUUAUUGUUAUAGUUUCAUUCAGUAAUUUUUAUUCGAUAGUGUUUAUCAUGUACUUUGUGCCUUCGGGUUUCUAUGUUCCCUGUGAUAUUCUAUAGAUAAAACAGAAAAAAAAAUAAACACUUUAAAUGACAAA